CAUGGUCGGCCUCAACUUCAAGUCCCUGAGGCGUUUCCGACUGACGUUGUUCGGGCGCGCUCUGCUCGUCGUCGCGGGCGAGGUGCUGGCUAAUGCUAUUUGCUGGAUCGUAUGCGCGAUCCUGUUCACCAGGAACGCAGCUUCGCGCUCGAUUCUCAGUCUCGCACUGCUGGCAUGGACGAUCGGGUUGAGGCAUGCGCUCGACGCUGAUCAUAUAAGUGCAAUCGACAACGCAACCCGCGGCCUCAUCAGCCUCGGCCAACUCCCCGUAACCUGCGGGCUCUUCUUCUCCUUGGGGCACAGCACCGUCGUCAUCGUAGUGAAUGUGGCGAUCGCCAUCAGCACGAGCGUCUAUGAAAAACUGGACGGCGUAGGCCAAGUCGGCGGAAUAGUCGGCAGCGCAGUGAGCGCGUCCUUCCUCUUCCUCGUCGGCCUCGCAAACUCCAUCAUCCUAUGGCGGAUUAUCCGGCAGCGACGAGCGGAACGCGCGCGCCGCAAGCGCCAGCUCGAGGAGGGCGAGCGUGAGAUUGCCACAGAUACAGAACCGGCAGACAAGGUGAACGACAGUAUGCUGAUGAUGCGCAUCCUCGGGCCCGUUGUCAAGUUCGUGAACCGGCCCUGGAAGAUGUACCCCGUCGGCGUGCUCUUCGGUUUUGGAUUCGACACGGCAUCGUCGAUCGCGCUGCUAGCAGUGUCGGGGAUAGCCAAACGUAGCGCGGACGGCACGGCUAUCGCCCCGGGUGACAUAGUCAUCUUACCGCUGCUGUUCACGGCGGGGAUGAGCCUCAUCGACAGCCUCGACUCGGUCCUGAUGGUCUACUCCUACUCCGAUUUCUGUGAGCACUCGUUGGCUCUGUUCAGGAGAGUCGAUCCGUCGCCAAACGCCGGGACCCUCGAACCACUGCCGGCAGCUGAUCCUCCUGCGGCAGAAAAGCCUGAUGACGAGAAGAAGGGAGAGGCGCCUGGCAAAGAGGCCGAUGCUCUGCCAAUCUCCGUGUCCUCCACGGAAGCAGCCCAGCAGGCCAACACGGACACUGACAGGCUCCUCGAGCUCAAGCACAACACCAUGUCCAACUUGAGCAUCAUCCUCACUUUGAUGAGCAUCCUCGUCGCAUUCAGCAUCUCGCUGAUAACCACCAUGGGCCUCAUCGGCGACAACUGCGCAAAGUGCCGAGCCGCCGCGGAAGCCGCAGACGGCGGGGGGCUCGCGGGGAGCUGGUGGCGCGCCUGGGCUAGAGCAAACGACAAUUCCGGCUACAUUGGAGCGGGCAUCGUCGGUGCGUUCCUGCUCGUCGUCGUGUGUUGGUACGCGCACCGUCUGGCACGGAAGAAAUAUGGGCGUCACGGCAAGUAG